GUGCCACCCCUGUUCAAGGUCUAAGCAAUGAUUCGCUUCAGCUCUUCCGUGGGGCUGGGCCUGAUGCUGGCGGCUACCCACUCAGCGCCGGCGCCCGGAUCUGCUUGUAUGAUACAGUACCGCCCUUGCUAUUUUUUGUCCUUGCCGUCCACACCAAACUUGCCCAUUCUUACCAUAACGGGUUUCGCCUCCUGCGACAUGCAUGACGCGGAUGACUGCUCUUCCCUCUCUUCGGCCGUGAUCAUCGGGUGUGCCCGGAAGUGCCACCUCCCAGCCAUGCGCCGUCGACUCAAGGGGCCUCUUGUCCUUAUCUUCAUUAAUCCUUGCCUAGGCACUGGCGAUCCUCUUACCGUCCUGUAUUACAGUUGGGAUGCCAUUGCCAAACCAACUCUUUCGUUGUUGCAGGGAAACUGCAAGCCGAUCAACAUCGUCUGCGAUGCAUUGCAAGACUACCAGAUAGACUGGGAUUGCGUUUUCGGGCCUGAAUCCUUGGAGGAAGUGUUUCAGAGGGGAGGGGACUUCACUACCUGCCCUGGAGCUACCAAAGCGCACCCGUGCUCCAGCCUCCUGCCGAUACUUUCCGACCCACUCUCGACCAUGAACGUCAGAUUCAUCGUGGACAAGGACGAAGAACGUUCGGAGGUGAAGGUGCAGGAGGGUCCCGAGGGAUUCCCGUUCCUGUACGGCGAGGAAUAUAUCUUCAAGUACAGUUUCCAGGCUAUCGAGGACAUGCAGGUCGCCACUCGCUUCACCCACCUCGGCCAGCUCAAGGGCUCGGCGGGGGGCUACAUGAUCAAGGGCGACCCGAUCUACUCCCUGACCGCCAACAAGCACGGGCUGCAUGUUCGCUUCAGCAACCUUGAGUCCAUCGAAGACUACCACGACGGCUUGGACAUGCCGCUGGACUGGGAUGCCGCCACCGGGGAGUGGGUGCACGUGGAGAUCAUCACCACCUUCGGACAGUCCAUGGAGGUGAACAUCUCUGGAGCCGUCAGCGGAACGGCUGUCUGGCCGAGUGACCUCAAGCCCGUGGCCUGGCACCGCGACUCCGAAAUGGUCCGGAUGAAGCUGGGUCUCUACCACUCCAUUCACAACGUGGCGGACCAAGAAGUCAUCUACCAGGACAUUUCGAUCGAGGGACCGAACGGCAUCAUCCGGACAAGCCCCCACGUCGACGACCCGACAAACACGUGCCCCAUCGAUUCCUCUGACAUUUGGCUGAAUCCCACUAUGGUGGACAUCACGUGCGCAGCUCUCAGCGGCAACACCAUCGACUGGGAAUGCGUGUUCGGCUACGGUUCUUUGGUGGAGGUUGAGGCGCGGGGAGGGACGUUGACCUCGUGCUCGGCCGGCACGAAAGUAGAACCCUGUUCCAGGUUCAUCGUCCCCGAAGACAAAGAGCGCGCCGAAGUCUUGGUGCAGCAAGGCGUCGGGGGCUUCCAGUUCGCGAAGGGUAAACCUCGGUUCAGCAUGGUCCCCUGCCCGAAAAAACGAGGCAUCCACCCCACCUCGCAAUUCCUGCCACACUCCCAAGGCGAGACCUACAUUUUCAAGUACAGCUUCAAACCGAAGGACGGCAUGAAGGUUUCCGGGUCCUCCAGCCGGUUGGGCCAGAUGAAAGGCGUUUCGGGAGGCUUCCAGCUCAUCGGAAACCCCCUGUUCUCCAUCACGGCCAACAAUGACGGAAUCAACGUCCGUUUCAACAAUGAUGAAUCCGACAUUGUCGAGGGUAUGGACGAGUUCCUGAGCUGGGAGGACGCCACAGGAGAGUGGGUCAACGUCGAAAUCCAGACGACCUUCGGGAAGUCCAUGGAGGUUCUCGGUGACCUCUACAUUCACCCUUCUGUGACUCAAUCACUUCCUUUCAAGGUCGCCGACGCGGAGGUAGAGUACAAAAACAUCUCCAUCCAAGGACCCACCGGAACAAUCAGGACUAGCGCUUUAGGCGUCAAAAACCACGGCAGUCCCGAGGGAGUUAUGCACCUCGGAUGCGUGAAGGACAGCCGCAACGACCGUCUCCUGGAUAGCGUAUACCGCAGCAGCAACUUGACGACGGAGUGCUGGUGCGGAUCCACUGAUGAGAAGGACGACGAAGAUCUCUUCCGCCACGGCUCGGCCACCUGUGAAUACCCGUGCGCUGGAGACGAAGAGCAAACCUGUGGCGGCUACUGGGCCAUAUCGUUGUACGAGUACGGCAGCGCUCUCGCAACCGACAUCCCGGAGGGAUCAAGGUACCUUGGCUGCUACAGCGACCAUCGCUUCGAACGUGCUCUGUCCCUGAAGCUCACGACGAGUAACGACAUGACACACGAGUGGUGCAUGGAUUUCUGUUCCGAGUUCAACGCCAAGUACUUCGCCGUCCAGUGGGGAAGAGAGUGA